GGCGGGCGGCGGCGCUGCUGGGGCGUCACAGCGCCGGGCGGCGGCGGGGAGAUGCGGCUCCUGGCGCUGGCGGCGGCCGUGCUGCUGGCGCGGGCUCCGGCCCCGGAGGUGUGUGGGGCCCUCAAUGUCACCGUGUCCCCGGGGCCUGUGGUUGACUACCUGGAGGGGGAAAAUGCCACUCUUCUCUGCCAUGUCUCCCAGAAGAGACGAAAGGACAGCUUGCUGGCCGUGCGCUGGUUCUUCGCACGCCCCAAUGCCCAGGAAGCCUUGAUGGUUAAGAUGACCAAACUCCGGGUGGUGCAGUACUACGGGAAUUACAGCCGUAGUGCCUUCCGGCAGAGGCUGUGCCUCCUGGAGGAGAGGCGCGGGGCACUGUACACGCUCUCUGUUUUGACCCUCCGGCCAGCAGAUCAAGGGCAUUACGUCUGCAAAGUCCAGGAAAUCAGCAAGCACAGGAAUAAGUGGACCGCCUGGUCCAACGGUUCCUCAGCGACGGAAAUGAGAGUGAUUUCCCUCAAAGCUUCUGAAGAUUCAUCCUUUGAGAAAAAGAAAGAGACCUGGGCAUUUUUUGAAGAUCUCUACAUCUACGCUGUUCUCGUGUGCUGCGUGGGGAUCCUCAGUGUCCUCCUCUUCACCCUGACCAUCAUCUGGCAGUCUGUGUUUAGCAAGAGGAAAGCCAGAGCGAGACAUUAUUUGGUGAAAUGUCCCCAGAACAGCUACAGAGAACCCCGCAUAUGUAUUUGUGGACUCACCACCACUUCCUUAGCCAGUCCCCUGCUGAUGGACAGUUGGAUUCUUUCUGAUCCAUUGCUAUCAACAACAGCACCCUCCGGGGAGACUGUGACCAGUGUGACCAGCUUGGCCCCCCUGCAACCCAAGAAGGGCAAGAGGCGGAAGGAGAAGGCUGACGUUCCUCCUGCAGUCCCUGCCAAAGCUCCCAUAGCUGCCACAUUCCAUAAACCGAAGCUGCUGAAACCACAGAGGAAAGUCGCCCUGCCGAAGAUCGCAGAGGAGAGCCUGACCUACGCUGAGUUGGAGCUGGUCAAACCCCACCGGGCUGCCAAAGGCCUCCCCACCAGCACCGUCUACGCCCAGAUCCUCUUUGAGGAGAACAAGCUGUAACGUGGCGUCCUCUUCCGUGGUCCUAUUUAAUACAUGCCACCCCAGUUAUUUAUGAUACCUUGGAAACAAAACCCUUAUUUUUGUAUUUUCCCUCGUGUCUCCUGUGUGGUGGGGUACAAGGCUCCUCUCCGUAAAAAAGUAGGGGCCGCAGCCCUUGGACGAAUCUCCCAAGACGAAUCUCCCAGGACGGGACGUGUCUGGGUCUGAGCCCCGAGCAGUAUGGACUCUGAUUCGGAGAGCACCCAAGGAGAUUUUCUGCUGAGCCAAACCCCUUCAUAUUUUCCUCUCCUUUCUUUGGGUUUUAAUCUUUUUUAAAAUCUUAUUUUAAUCUUCUACUCUUCCUGUAUUUGUGAUAUCAAGCUCAUAGUAUACAGCUAGAGGAAAUGCCAUUAUAGGCGCAAGUGUGAGAUGGUAGAUACGUACUAAUUGUUUUUUCAGAAAGUCAGAGAGCAUUUCUAGGGCACCUCGAGUGGAGCAAACUGCUUACUGCAAACGGUCACUCAAGAAAGCAUCUCUUGUUCUAAACAGAUGCACUGACCCUGGAGAUUUAAGGGCAGUGGCAGAUUGUGGGGAACCUUGCUGUCUAAGCUAACAGCCCAGUAUCUCCAAAUACGCCAGAGCCCAUUUCCCCACCCGGGAUCCCCCAAGGCUGCAGGGCGAGUAGCACACCAUUCAAAAGGACUUCAGCACGGUGGACCCGCAUUGCUAUAGAAACUCUUGUUCUCCAGAAAGUUCUUACUGUUUUCCAAAGGAGCAAGGGAGGGAGCCAGCCAUCCAUGGACACACUGCUGGAAGUGGGCCUCUUAGAAGUGUACAGAGUUACUGCUCUGAUUGUAUGUCUGCUUCUGUGUGAGCAGAGCUUUCUGCCUGGUUCCCCUGGGCUAGGAGAGUAGGAGGUGCAAGCCGAGCUGGACAAACGUGUUUUAAAGACCCUACUGUUGUAGAGCACCUCUCCCAAGCCAACUUCACAUGGGCUUUCUCACGUGUCUGGCCUGGGCUCAGACAGGGAUGCCGGUUGAGGAGAUCUGUGCGGAAGUUGCCCUGUGUGGACUGCUACAACACCCAGGAUCUCCCUGAAGACGGAGACCUUCUAGAAGAGAGACAUCCUGUUGACUGUAUUGUUAAGGACACUUUUUUGUGGGGUGUGCUCUGGGUGCUCACUUAUAGCACACUGUAGAAAUUGUUCGGCUUUGUAAUGGACCAUGUAUAUAUGGUAAAUUAUAUAUUUUAAACACAA